UAUUUGCGUGACUUUCGCGGAGCCGGCCACACUGUUGUGGACUUUAGAGCAAGGACUUUUCUGCAUCCCCCACCAGACCAAGCUCACCCCCAUUCUCCAUCAAAAACUCAUUUCUGAUAGAACUGUGACGCCAGCAGUCUGGCUUGGUCGACUCCGAGCACAGGAUUCGCAUCACACAAAUUUCUCGUCGUCACUACCUCGAGAGGCUUGGACUCAUUGUGGAUCUGCGCAUAGAAUCUCCUGAAUCAAUGGAAGUCUCUUCACCUAACCCAGAUUCCCCUGGUGGUCAGGGUUCAUCCGAAGUCAGCCAACUUGCACAUAGUGGGAGCUUAAUCUCCGUGGAGGUUGGCUGAAUUCACUCUGGUGUUACCUAGUUGUAAGAUUCUCCAUCAACAUCGAACGUAGGCCGAUCUGCCAGUUUCUCGGACAAUGAUCUUCGGAUGCCCAAAUUGCGAUCAUCUGGGUGACACCUCAUCAUGAUGCCAUUCCCCCAAUCCCAUUCGAUUCGACCAAAGCGGCGAAGGGACGCAAACGUGAGUUUUCUACGCGAGGGACCUUUGGGCUGAUACCGGAAGGAAUUUUUUUUCUGCCAUGUACAUGUCCGCUUGAGCCACCCUAUAAUGGAUAAUCGAGCUGGACUGUAGCUCAUGAGAAAAUGUGCCGUUCUAGACCUACCGACACGAAGCGGUUUAAUAGGCAAGCCUGGUGAUUGUCGGUAGACCCCGCUUGACGGCCAGCCCUAGAGCGAAUACAAAUUCCCAAGCAAUACGGCCAGGUCAGUGUUAUUUCCUGCAGGAAGGGCCAGUGCUAUUUCCUGCAGGUCGGCGUGUGUCUGCAGCAGCUCAUGCCAAUCCCGAUAUGUAGAGUAGCGAGAUCAUGGUCGAGGUCACCACCUCCCCGACGUUUUUGCAGUCUGUAGAGUCUCCUGGGGCUGAAUAACUUCGACAUCUGCAUCGUAGGGCAGAGAUUGAGUUCAAGAUGGCGGUGUUGCAAGUUUUAACAAUCGAAUCGCACCUCUGAUGGGUUUUAUUCAACGGCACGACCGUGACUUUUCAUCAUAAAAAAUGAUGCCGAACUUUUCGGCCUUAUAGUCUAAAGUUUUGAAGGCGGCUAGAGGUGCUACAUUUCCAACUGCACAGAAUCCAGUUCCUUCAGUGUCAAUGGCUUCUUCUGGCAGCGACAGCGAUGGAAGCUCAGACGGCUCUCCAGCCCGAACCUCUUCAUUUUCACGGACCUACAUGUGCAAAGUAUGUGGAAACGUAUUUACGUCAGGGCAAUCUCUAGGAGGCCACAUGAAUGUGCACCGCAAAGACCAGAGGUCGCCUAGAGCAUCGACAGCCUCAGGUGCAGGCUUUACCCUGGGAGGUGAGAAUACCGAAUCCUACAAAGGUGUGCGCUAUCGCAAGGGACAACACAAAUGGGUGGCUGAAAUUAGACCUCCCAAAGGUAGCAGGACCUGGUGGUUGGGUACUUACUCCACUCCUCGUGAAGCGGCGUACGCCUACGAUGUGGCGAUAAAAUAUUUCGGAAGCAAAACGUCCCUGAACUUUGAAGGUCACCCCAUCUACGAACAGAUCCCCAAAAUUCCCGACGAUCUGCCAGACCAGGACUUCGCCGCGAAGCUGAGAAAGGUGGUGAAGAAGUAUGGCAAACUGGCAAUGCAGUCUGGCCCAGGCCCAUCAACACAAGAACCAGCUCAAGAAGUUGACAUUGAUGACUUCCCAGAUCCUGGUCCGCCACUUUCACCCUUCUACACUCCCUUCGAUUGCGAGGAGGACGUCAACAAUUACAGUGCCAGUGCGCAGUACGGCUCUGGCCACGGGUAUUCUUCACACCAAUCUUGCAACUGGCCUUACAACUCUGACCACAACUUCAGGUAGAUUUUCAGUUUUUCUAUACCAAUACUGGUUAAUCUAAGAUCUAAUUACCAGGCAGCUCCACUGCUCGACCUAGCCAAGCUUUGACUCUCCCCCACUGGAAUCCUGCAGUUAUAACAUCAUCCUCGUGUCCAAAAUGUACAGGUAAAUAUUGAAUCUUAAUCCACCUGCACAGUUGAUUACCUAGUGUGGAGAUUCUAGCGUUAGAGCAACUUGAGGAGCACCUAACUGGCCUUUUACGGUAUGUUGGAAUCGUAGGGUGAGAGGAGACUUGGUGUAGCUACAUGAGUCGUAAUUAAGUCACGCAGAGCCAUUUGGUACACGCACUUUGCAGUGUAAUGCAGUGGAGUGGAUGGAAAGAUCUUUCAUGCAAGUCGUGUGUCGUUUUUCUGGUGAUAAGUGAUCCGUAAACUAGUUUGUAACAUGCUUUGGAAUGCAACCAGGUUUAGGGUCUAA